AUGAAAAUUCUCAUAUUUUUUGUGUUCAUUUUUGUUUUCUACCUUCCUAUCCAAAAGAAACAUGUGAAUUCUCAACAACAAGGAAUCGAUUCAGAGGACGGUGACGCUGCAACGUUUUUCAACAAGAGUUACUCCGAGCAUCAGUCUAGUCUGGAGCUAAAAAUAUUCCGUGGCUAUAAUCCGAAAACCCGCCCAGUCAAGAAUAUCUCCCAGCCUAUUGUAGUAGAUGUUCACUGGCAUAUUAUCCACGUGUCGAUUAAUCAAUUAGAACAGACAAUGACAGUUCAUGGGCAUAUUUAUAUGAGAUGGUACGACGAAUUCCUAGUCUGGGACCCUAAAGACUUCAACGGAAUUCAUUACGCUCGAGUCAAGAAGUGGCAAGUCUGGCAGCCAAAAAUCAAGGUUUCCAAUAGCGCCUCCGGUCUCGGUUCCGCUUUCGACUUCUCCACCAGUGCUCACGUCAUAAUCCAAAUGAUAGAAAAAGAUCGUGCAAAAGUGGAAAUGUAUCCGACAUUCUCUAUCAAAGUCGGUUGUUCAUUUGAUUUCGGUGAUUUUCCAAAUGACGCCAACAAGUGUGCAGUCAACUUGUUCUCCACGGCGACAAUGAACGAGGUGCAACUUCAGAAUCUGUAUUCCAUUCCGCCAACAUUAAGCUUCGGUUGGGAGGAACAAAAAAUGAAGCGGAUCAUAUCCGAUUUCAAAAUCCAAAACGUCUCGUGCUCCUCGUUCUACUAUAGUCAAGGAAACAUAAGUAACACUGCUCCAGUCACUGGUUUCGAUGCUGGAAUUACUUGGUCGAUGUUGGCAAUUACAGUCAAUUUUGUGCGACAUUCUCCGCUGUUUUUCAGCGCUAUUUUGGCACCGUGUUGGAUCACCGCCGUCAUCACUGUCCUAUCCUUCUACAUCAUUUCCAUUCCACUCUCCAUCUACAUGCUCAUCAUGAACACCUACGUCCAGAUGAUAUUCUUCAAUGAUUUCACCAAAAAACUUCCGUUGACCCUAUCCAAAACUCCUCCAUCUGUCACUUUAUUCCACACUCUCGUGAUUUCAAACGGAGCUAUGAUAUUCGUUCAAGCACUGCUUCUCACUUUUCAACAUCAUCGAUUGGUGGUCCCCCUUCCAUUGCAGAAGAUUUAUAUUGUCAAGGAAUACAUGCCGAUGAUGUUCAAGGAGGAGGCUGUUGUCAAAAAAGAAGAGGCCACCAACAACUGGGGAGAUUGGGUGAAGACUGCGAGACCACUAUUCGGUUUGAUCCUGCUCAUAUUUUAUGUUAUUGUGUUUGUUCUUUUUGCUUUUAUAGGAAUUUGA